CGUCCUGCUUCACUACAGUGAUCACUGCCCCCUGAUCUGCGAAAAAUACACAGGGACUCCUCAGAAAAAGGCAAGAGUUCAUCAAUGUAACUCCGGUCAGUCAGAAACUGCGCCGUUCACCUGGAUAAGUCCACCUUGACGAGAGAAGAGAUAAAGACAGAAUAAAAAGAGUCAAACGCGAGUGGAGUGUUGACGUAGAAUUGCGAAGGAAAAGAGAAGAAUAUGAUUGUCAAGCAGUACUUGAUGUUCAUCCUUUACAGCCUCUGUGCAAGCGUCUUUAAAGUGGCUGGGACAAAAAGCAAAGCUAGAGGUAUCCUGGGUCAGAUCCCCAUAACUCAGAAUGUGACGGUGGUGGAGGGGGCCAUAGCCAACAUGACCUGUCGUGUGGAUUACAAUGAUAACACUUCCCUCCAGUGGUCAAACCCUGCACAGCAAACUCUCUUCUUUGGGGACAAAAAAGCUCUGAGGGAUCACAGAAUUGAACUAGUUCGAGCCUCAUCGCAGGAGCUCACCAUCCGAAUCAAUGACGUCAGCCUGUCAGACGAGGGACUGUACACUUGCUCGCUCUUCACGAUGCCUGUCAGGACCACCAAGGCCUUUCUCACUGUUCUGGGUGAGCAUGUGCAUUUUGGUGAAGUCUCCAUAGGAGUGCCAGGACGACCAGAGAUCACAGGCUUUACCAAGCCAGCAAUGGAGGGGGAUGUAGUCACUCUCACAUGCACCACAUCAGGCAGCAAACCAGCUGCUACCAUCCGAUGGUUCCGAAAUGACAAGGAGGUCCAAGGCACUAAGGAGGUGAACGCUACAGGAAAGUCAUUCACAGUGAGGAGUAGCCUUCAGUUCCAGGUGGACAAGCGGGAUGACGGCGUUGCCUACACCUGCAGUGUGGAGCAUGUGUCUUUGUCCAAACCCUACAUGACAACCGAGGUCCUGGAGGUCCACUAUGCUCCCCAUCUGGAGAUCACACAUUCACUCAUCAUCCCACAGGAAGGCCAAUACUUCAAACUGGAGUGUGUUUCCAUAGGCAACCCAAUACCUGAGCCAGUGGAGUGGUCUAAAGAUGGAGGAGAGCUGCCAGACAUUGAGCGUAUGAUUGUGGAGGGAAGGGAACUUACCAUCACUACGCUAAACAAGACAGACAAUGGCACAUACCGGUGUGAGGCCAGCAACCAUCUGGGGUCCAGUAGUGCUGAAUACAUACUGUUUGUAUAUGCCAAAGACUUUCCAGGGCCUACAACAGAUCCUAAUGCUUUAGGACAGCAUGGACCUGACCACGCUUUAAUCGGCGGAGUUGUUGCAGUCGUGGUCUUCAUCACCUUGUGUUUGAUAAUAGUCCUUGGACGAUAUCUGGCCAGACAUAAAGGGACAUAUCUAACACACGAGGCCAAAGGAGCAGAGGACGCCCCUGACGCUGACACAGCCAUCAUCAAUGCUGAAGGAAACCAUGUGCAUGCAGAAGAAAAGAAAGAGUACUUUAUUUAGACUUCUUUUUCCUCACUUCUUUCAUUUCAUGACAACCUAUGACAGCAGACGUGCAAUUUUAAGCUGUCUCAGACUCACUGCAUUGUCUUUUUUAAUUUAUUGUUCUGUCUUUUUUAGAAAGCAAUCAUGCUUAGAUAUGCUUGUUUUCAAAGCAUUCACUAACAAAAUAGCCUUCGUCUUUUGUAAUAUAAUCCAUGUACAAUUGGAUUAUGUCAUUUUCAGUUUUUCUGUGCCUAAAUGCUGUACAUUCUUCUGCAUUUCUUUCAUUGCCUGUAUUUUUCUCUACUCUUUCUUACGUUACCUGUUAUACAACCUUUUGCAGAUUUUUAAAAUUCAGAAGUAACAACAGUAAUUUUGUUCUCCAACUCAACUCUCAGCAUUUGAAAAGGUUUUUCUGUAGGAGCAAAAUAUAUUAAAUACAUCAGUUUUUAAGGAUUACAUGAUUGGCUUGGAUGUUUCCCGGAGCUAACCCUCCUCAGACAUGCCGCACACGUUUAGAGCAUCUUAAAACAGAUCAGAUACUUUAACAAACACAAAGCAGAAGCACAAUCUGAGUGAUUGUCUCGAGAUGAAAUAAUCGCCCUCUUAGCAUUGUCUGUAUAUUCCUGCACUGAUUUUUUUUUUUUUCCUUUUUGUUACACUGUUGAUUUAUAACCAACAAAGAACAAGUUAGAAAAUUAAAGCACAAAGUCUGAGGACUAUUACAGAGGGGAAAAAACAUCAACUGCUUUUUGUCUCAGGAUUCAAUAUGAGUCUAGAUGGAGAGAUGGUGUCAGACAUGUGAAGAAGACUUCAGUUCAAUCGCAGUUAUUGUCGUGGAUGAAAAACGUUUCCUUUU